AUGGAAAUCGACGGGUCCUCGAACGAUUCCCAAACGGACGCGUUUUCCCACGCUAACCUCAAUUACUAUACGGACAAUUUGUUUUUCGCCACCAACGGCAAACUGGACAGUUAUUUCGCGGGGGAUAGUGUCAAAAAAGGGGAUCGGAGGGCCGAUUAUUCCGGGAAAGUGGAAAAAAGGGUGGCGGCGUACGAAAGUUUGAGAAAAAACGCGGACGACACCGCGAUCCGGAAAAACCAAUUGGGACUGUGUGUCGGGAACGGCAAGAAAAGUGGGGACAGUAUCGUACUGCAAGUGGACGCUUUCGGGAAGAAGUCUAUCAGUUUUUCCGCCGAUCAGGUCCAAUGUAUGUGCGAAGCUCUUCAGCAGCGUGGCGAUGUAGAACGUUUGUCCACUUUUUUGUGGUCCCUGCCUCAAUGCGAAUCACUGAGAGGCAACGAAAGCAUCUUGAGGGCUAGAGCCACAGUGGCCUUUCACAGGGGCUUCUUCCACGAGCUCUAUUCGAUUCUGGAAUCGCAUCCCUUCCAUCCCCGCUGGCAUGCCGAACUACAGUCUUUGUGGUUCAAAUCGCACUACAAAGAGGCGGAAAAAGUACGCGGAAGACCACUAGGGGCAGUGGACAAAUACAGGCUGCGCAAAAAGUAUCCCCUACCGAAAACGAUCUGGGACGGAGAGGAGACCGUCUACUGUUUCAAAGAGCGAAGUCGCAAUGCUCUGAAGGAGUGCUACUCUCGCAACAGGUAUCCCACUCCUGACGAGAAGAGAGCGCUGGCAAAAAGAACUGGGCUGACCUUAACCCAGGUAUCCAACUGGUUCAAAAAUCGACGGCAGAGGGACCGAACCCCACAGUCGAGAUCGGAAUUACUUCUUGGCAACCUUUCGCUGGGUCAGAACAACCUCGUGGGCGGGCACCAUCAGGGCGGUAUAGACAUGUCCGCCUUUCAGGCUGCCUCCAAACUGUUCGACCCUAGCUGCACGGUAUCUGCGUGCUAUGGAGAUUAUCAGGUGUGAUAUGCUGUUUAACCAUUGGAUACCUAACAGAAAAAUAACCUCGGAGGACGAUAUCAAGGAGUGCCUCU